UCAACUAAAUACCUAAAUGAUUAGUAUGGACGCUAUAUGGAAUCAUAUGCAACUGGAGCGUCCACCCAAUGCAACUUGUUGCAUCCAACGUGCGAAAUUUGAUGCAACAGGAUUUUUAACUGUCCUAGAAAAAGUUCUAAAAGAUUUGCAUUCCCAAGAACUGUUGCAUAAGGAUGCAGCAAUUCUGAGUAGACUAAUUUAUCGUAUGAAAAGUAAAUUUCGAAAUGACAAGGGUGUGAAAGCAAUGUCUAAAGUUAAUAGAGGUCUUUUGAAUUACCUCUCUUUAUCUCUUGAAAAGGAGUACGAAAAUUUGAGAAAUUAUGUUGAAAUAGAUAAUAACUAUAUUAAAUUACCUAGUAAGCAAAUGGUAGAAUACGUUUUGGUCAGAACUCAAGGAUUUGCAAAGUUAAUGCUACGCAUAGAGGAGGUUUCAAAACAUGCUGCUCAUUUUCUUCGAAGUAGAAUAGCUUUAGGUCAUGCCUGGUCUGUAGCUACUAUUGCAUUCUCUGUUGUUAGCAGAAUAUGGAUAUUAUCAAGGCAUUUAAUAAAAAGAUCUUGUACAUGGUACAAUGAUUUAUAUCAGUAUUUAAAAUUAUUCAAGCUGUCAGGUUUAAAUUGGCUUCCUUCAGGGUUUGAACUUCCUACUGAUUUAAGAGUAUGGCUAGCAGUACCAUGGAUAGAUGAACCUAUUCCAAAUGUUCCUAGUAGUCAUGGACUGAAAAAUACAAUGUUCAAAUUAAUUGUACCUCGUCAAUAUGAUUUAGAUGAGGAAUUAGCAUGUGACAACAGCACAGAAGUAAAAUGUGAAACUGUUUCUCCAUAUUCACAGAAGAAAAGUAUUGUACACGAGAAGAUAGUAAAGGAUGAACAAAAUGUUGGUACCGACAAUGACAUAGGAGAAAUUCUAGAUCGUCAUUCUUUUAAAUUAAAACAAUAUAAACAAGAAAGAAACAUGCCUAUAGAAGAGAAACACGAAAGUAUCAUAGAAAUGGAAGAAAUAAAUGAUCGGAAUGCAGAAGACCACGGUAUGAGCAUAAAACGCGAAAAUUAUGGAAUCAAACCAAACCGUUUAUACAAAAAGAAAGAUUCACAGAAAGUAUUAACGUUAGAUAAUGUUAAGAGCAAGUCAGACUUGAUAAAUCUUCUGAACAAAGAAUCAUACCCGGGUUUAGAAAAAUUACAAUGGAACAUAAUGAGGAAUAAAGGCAAGAAACUGUUAAAUAAGUUGGAUGCAUCCAAUGAAACGAAUCGAUCAAAUUCAUAUAAGAAAGUAAUCAAAUCUAUGCAUCGAUGGAUGAUCUGA